AUGGACACCCCCAGCCCAGACCCGUUGCCUUCGCCUUUGCCCGGGGAGGAAGAGAAACCUCUGGCCUUACCACCUUCCGUCCCCCGGGGCUGCCCGGGGGAGCGCCCCGGAGGGCCCGCCUCCUCCAAUCAGAGGCUCAAGGCCUGCCCCCCUCGCAAGCGGGGCCGUCCCCCCAAGUCAGGGCAGGAGCCCCCGCUGGCGCCCGGGGUGACCGCCCCCGCGGCAGCCGCGGCGGCAGCGGGCGAUGGCAGCGGCCUGCUGCUGAUCGACGAUCAGGGGGUGCCCUACACCGUCUCCGAGGGGGCCGUGGCCGACGGCCCCGUGGGCUCGGGCCCCAGGAAGACCCCGCACUUCUGCCCCGUGUGCCUGCGGGCCUUCCCCUACCUCUCGGACCUGGAGCGCCACAGCAUCUCGCACUCGGAGCUGAAGCCGCACGAGUGCAAGGACUGCGGCAAGACCUUCAAGCGCUCCAGCCACCUGCGGCGCCACUGCAACAUCCACACCGGCCUGCGGCCCUUCCGCUGCCAGCUGUGCCCCCGCCGCUUCCGCGAGGCGGGCGAGCUGGCGCACCACCACCGCGUGCACUCCGGGGAGCGGCCCUACCAGUGCCCCAUCUGCCGCAUGCGCUUCACCGAGGCCAACUCGCUCCGGCGCCAUGCCAGGCGCAAGCACCCCGAGACCAUGGGGCCCCCCGCGUCUCCCCCAGAACUGGGGCCUGAGCUAUCGUGGGACCAUGAGGGCAUCCUGGCCGCAGAAAGGGCCGAAGUGGAGGAGGAGGAGGAGGAGGAAGAGGAGGAGGAGGAGAAAGAGGGGCCGGAGGGAAAGGAGCUGGCCUGA